UAUAAAAGUGUCGGACAUCGGUUGAGUUGACAUCAUUGUACGAUUGGAAGCAACUUAAGAAGUUACUACUGAACUCUACAAACCCAACGAAAUGGCAAACUUGUUGAAAAUCUCCCUCCUCGUCUUGGCUUUGGCCAUUGUGGCCUGCAGUGCUGAGGCACCCAAGUCGAAAUUGAGUCAGGUAAGAAGAUUACAACAGCAAAAGCAGAAACAACCCUUGCGCUUGGCACCAAGACGUAAAUUCGCCCGCCAAGAAGAACCUGUCACUCCUUACCCCACUGCUGAGGAAUUGAAACCGGAAGUAGCUUUCGAAGAGGGCCACCAGCCCGAUGAAGUUUACGGUCCCCCCGAUGAGGUAUAUGGCCCACCAGAAGCCGAUGUAUCCUCACCCGAUGUGUUGCCCUCUGAAGACGCGCCCAUUGAGUUCGCUCCCAAUCCCGAUGCCGAAGAAUUCCAACCAUCCGAACUCGAAGCUGAACGCCUCACCAGCCGCAAGAAGUCCAACAAGAAGAUUGCCCCCUCUCGUUUGACCCAAAAGAAGAAGAAGUCCCAGAAAUCUCAACGUUUGGUUGCCGCUGCCCCAGCUCCAGUAGUUGCUGCUGCUGCCGCUCCCGCUGUUCCCGUAUCUGCUGUACCUUUUGCUGCUGCCUUCCCCGCCUCCGCUCAACAGUACUUUGUUGUUAACCAGCCCUUCGGCUAUUCGGCUCAAUAUCAAAUUUGUUUCCCCAAGCAUGGCGAAGACGGUGAUGCUGACGACAGCGAUGAGGUAGAUAACCGUUAA